AUGACUCCUCCUCAAGGUCUAUUUUCUUCAUCUCAUGGUGUGUACAAGCUCAAACGCUCUUUAUAUGGUUUGAAACAAGCACCUCGAGCAUGGCAUUGUUCUACUCCUCUUUAUGUUGAUGAUAUGGUUAUUACUGGAUCUGGCCAGGCAUCUAUCCAAGAACUUAAACAUCAAUUGCAAACUGCAUUUCAUAUGAAAGAUCUUGGAAACUUGCAGUAUUUCCUUGGCCUUGAGGUUCAUUCUACCUCAAAGGGUAUAUUUCUUCAUCAACAUAAGUAUGCGACAGACCUUAUUUCUAUGGUGGGCCUACAAUCAGCUAAUCCGGUAGAUACUCCUCUUGAGGUUAAUGUGAAAUAUCACCGCGAUGAGGGUGAUCUAUUGCCAGAUCCUUUAUUGUAUCGACAACUUGUGGGUAGUCUUAAUUAUUUGACAAUUACCCGACCUGACAUAUCAUUUGCUGUUCAACAAGUAAGUCAGUUCAUGCACUCUCCUCGCCACCUUCACUUAGCCGCAGUCCGUCGCAUAAUUCGCUAUUUGCUAGGUAGCUCUCAACGAGGUCUCUUCUUUCCCAUGGGCACAGUUCCCAAAUUGAUUGCCUAUAGUGAUGCUGAUUGGGCUGGGUGUCCCGACACUCGGCGAUCUGUCACCGGUUGGUGCAUGUUUCUCGGUUCUUCACUGAUAUCAUGGAAAAGUAAGAAACAAACACGAGUCUCUAAAUCAUCUACUGAAUCAGAGUAUCGUGCUAUGUCUACUGCUUGUUCUGAGAUAAUUUGGCUUCGUGGUCUUUUGGCUGAACUUGGAUUCCCUCAAACAGAGCCGACGUCUCUCUAUGCUGACAAUACAAAUUGUCACUCCAUCCGUGAGGCCUAUGAUAAUCAGAUUAUAUCCAUCCCUCACAUCAAUACUCAGUUUCAAGUUGCAGACAUUCUUACCAAAGCUGUUCCUCGCCCGCGCCAUCAGUUUCUAGUUAGCAAAUUGAUGCUCCUUGACCAGCCGCAUCAAUUUGAGGGGGGAUGUGAAUCAGGAAAUAAUAUUAAUUUGUAA